AUACAGAAUAUAAAAUAUAUCAACAUCAACCAAUAUCUAAAGAUUGGGUACUCGUUUAUAAUCAAUCUUACAGUCAUCCGACAACUCAUGAAGAGUUACAAUCAAUACAAUGUAGAACAAAUCAAAAGAUACUAAUUGGUGCGCAAUAUAUUCGAAACGAUACAACGACACUGUAUUUAGCAGCUGUUGGACCAUCUGAUCUCCUUCAAAAUUUAAAUACAGAAUUGAAUCAACCUAAACAACUCGGUGAUGUUUAUUGGUAUUUAACGCCUAAAAAAUCAUUCGGUUUUUCGCCUAUACAACAAAUAAAUCAAAUAGAUAUUGAUGUCAUGCAAGAUGUAAAUACAAUGGAUCAACGUUUAAGUUGGCAUUUACAUGGACAAUACGGUGGUUGGAGAGCUGGAAAAUACAUUGAUCUUUAUGGCAGCACAUUAUGGUAUAAAUUAAUUUAUUGUAUUUAA